AUGCUAAUUUCCGGCCACUGUGGAAUAAUAAUCACUAGCUAUAAAAGCGCUAGAGCAUAUCACAGAGGAGCAAUAAUUUCGGAUUCCGAAAUGUAUCGAAUCUUUUUGAUUUUUUCCUGUUUGGUUGGCCACCUGGAAGCCAACUGUAUCGCCAAGGCACCAAUGAAGGAGACAAUAAUUUCUGAGAGAUCAAUGCCUCUAGCUGUCAAGUGUUCCAAAGAAUGUUUGAACCCGCCUGUCGAAAAACCGGAAGACUCCAGAGUAACGGGCUACAUUCAGAAAAAUUUUAUCUAUACUGAAGGUUGCUCGAUUGGAUGUAAGCGAGGUCCAGGAUGCGGAGCGCUUACGUUCCAGGAAAAAAACUCGCCUCUGGUGAAACUGUACCAAUAGGCCCACCACAACUUCCCGUACCAUUGUUCACUCAAAAUUUCAAAUGUGAAGACACCGGAUUUUGGUCAACAGGAGGUGGAAAAGUCCAAAACAUUACACAAUUCAUAUGCAGCUAUGAACCAACUGGAUGUUAAAUAUUUGCGAAUAAUUCAUUUGUUUAUUUGAAGAUAAUAAACCGAUCUAAACUUAAA